AUGGCAACUGCACUAGAUGUGACUACAGCAGAUAAUGCAUGGAUGAAUUUUUGUGAAAGACAUGCCCAAGCAGCAGCUCAAGACUUUUCUAAAAGUUCCAUCCAUUUCAUCAAUAUGAAUUUGUCAGAAAAUGUAAGAUCAACAGUAACACAUAAGGACUUCUUGCGAAAGUUUGUGGAAUCUUUUACUGAACAAUUUGAGAUGGAUUUCAAUAAAAGAAGAUUGCAUAAUACAAAAAUAUCAAAUGGAGUAAACACAAGAAACGAAGAAGAUAUAGUUGAGGUUGAUGAGGGCUCUCCAAAAAUGCAACACAAGCCGUUUUUUCGAAGGCUCAGUUUCAAAGUUCUGCGAAAAAGCAAAGAUCUCUUCCAUAAACAACACUCAGAUGACUUUGAUAUUGCUCACAAUAAAACCAAAUUAGCCAAAAUAAUUGUAGAGUGUAGAAAGGAAGGAAUAGUCAAUUAUUCUACUCCUGAAAGCUUGGAUCAGCCUGGAGGGCCACCAAAAUGGGAAAGAUGCCGCCUCCAGCUUGUCAAAGCAACUGGAGGAUACAUGCUAGAGUUUUAUUCUCCUCCUAAAAAUCAAAAGCCAAGAAGUGGAGUUUUUUGUGCUCUUAUAACAGAAGCUAGAGAAACAACAGCUUUGGAAAUGCCAGACCAUGAAAAUACAUUUGUCCUGAAGGCAAGCAACAAUAUGGAAUUUGUUAUAGAGGCACAUGACACAGAUGACAUGAGGUCUUGGCUAGCAACCAUAAGAUAUUGCAUGCGCUCAGGACCAGGGGGGGAAGCAGCCCAUGGACAUGAGCAUCACAAAGAUUAUCAUCAUCCUGAUGCUCCUGAUUUGCCACCCAGGCAUAUUGGAAGGGGAGGGGAUAGAUUGUCCUCCAGUUCUAACUUUGACUUAUGCCCUUCUGGAGAACCAUUAACUAUGGAGGCUGACAUUGGUCAAACUCUCAAGAAAGAGUUGUGGUUCCAUGGUACACUGGGCAGAUCUGAAGCUGCCCAACAAGUUUUACAUGAUGGGGCUAGUGGACAUGGCAGGUUUUUGGUACGCCAAAGUGAAACAAGGACUGGAGAAUUUGUCCUGACAUUCAAUUUUCAGGGACGCGCCAAACACCUCCGGAUGACGAUAAACGAGCAAGGCCAGUGCAGGGUGCAGCAUUUCUGGUUCCAGUCCAUCUACGAGAUGCUCGAACACUUCCGCUCGCAGCCGAUCCCGCUCGAGAGCGGCGGCAACUCUGACGUCACGCUCACCGAUUUCAUUCUCAAUCCGAACGCGCGACCCUCGCAUCAGUCUCCCAUCGCCGCCGCUUCUGUGUCGAACAGUCUGUCGCAACAGUCGAUCACGAACGGGAUCGAACGUCGGGUGCCGCCCAUUCCGGAAGCCAGACAAGUUCAGACGCACAAUGGUAGCGUAAGAACACAGGAGACAUCUCUAGAACAGAUUCAGGCUGAAGCUUCAAGCCGCGCGGUAGAGAAUCAGUACAGUUUUGUUUAG